GCCUUCUUCGAGACGCCGGCUAACAACACCCGCACGUGGAAGCGCUUCCUAGCUCUCAACACCACAAAUAAGUGCGAGACUUCGUGGGGACUUCCGAGCCGUUAUUUUUGCGCCACCCAUCAAGGAAAGGAACCGCGACACCGGUCUCGCAGCCUCUGGUCAACGUAGACGACUCUUGGUACCUGCGCGGGAUGUGGUUCUAUUCCAACGGCUCGCAGGCAGUCUUCACGGACAUGGGAGACGCGGGCGUGCAGCGUUGGCUGGACACGGCCAAGGACCAGUUAGGACAGCCCACGUGUGGGAACAUCAACCUAUGCGAGCCGCUCACGGCGCUCGCAGCGCUCCCGGGCCACAUGCCUUGGAACGUAGCGGUGGCCGACGGGGAGGGCUACGUCGCUGGAGCGGGCCUGCUGGUGCAUCCCAAGGCCGUGCUCACGAGUAGUGUGGUGUUGCAGGCGGCCACCGGUUGGGACGAUAAAAGCCUCUUCCCUGCCGAAGACUCUGCCAACAUUGUCGUUUUGUUCACGGAGCCGAACGGCACAUCAAGAAAUGCAUCGGUGGUUCGGGUGAGCGUGCAACAAACCUCGAAGGACCGAGGCAGCUCCAGCCGAAACGUCGUGCUCCUGGAGCUGGCCGCCGAGGACGCAGUCUUCUCCACGCCAGUGUGCUUGGACCUGACCGGCAAAGUGCUUCAACAACUCUCUCCGGGGCAGCUGGGGUUGGUCGAGUCGUGGAGCGAGUGGCAGCCAGCGAACCACAGCUUGAUCGGAGCGCCCUUCGUGAGCUCGGCGGAUUGCUACAGGAGGACCACCUACAAAAGGAACUUGCUCUCGAAGGAGGUGUUCUGCUCAGAAGCGAUGAAGGGCACCAUUGGUCCAAUGACGCGUGGUGGCGGCUACGUCGUGAGUACCGGCUCCCAGUGGUUUCUUCAGGGACUGUACUUGGAGCACCUCGCGGUCCGCCGGACCGACCUCAUGGUGGCCAAGGACCUCCGCGACGAAGAGGUGCGCACGUGGCUUCAAAGAGAGUUGCACAAAGUGGAAACACUGGAGGAGUACCGCCUUAUCGACACAGGACCGAAGACUUGCGAGGGGGGGCGCCCUUCCGUCUCUCAGUGCGGAAAGUUCGCUUCCGUGGACGAGAACACCGAAGACGCAGGGUUCGACAUCCUGGGCAGGGCGACGUUUGACCACAUGCAGUGGAACGUGAAAGUCGACGUGGACUACGGGGUGGAAGGUUGGAGCGUGCGAGGAGGUGCUCUGGUCAAGCGGAACAUGGUCCUGACAUCUGCACAUCGCCUCGUCUUGGCUGCGGGGUCGAACACAACAGUGCGACUGAUCCCCACCAGCGACUUAGUCGUCUAUUACACCUCCAUUGACAUCCGAGACGGACUCUCCGCGGAGGUGGACCGCAUUCACGUGAAGGCACGCCCGGCGAGGCGUCCAGUGGAAUUCGACCUGGCCCUGCUCGUGCUCACGACCGCCUUGGACCUAACGCCAGUGUGCCUGCCCGCGCCUGGGACUCUGGUCGGCACGAUGCCUCGCCUUGCAGCAGGCUCAGUUGGCUUGGUUGAGUUCAGCGUCCACGUGAGGGCCCAUCGGAACUGGCUGAUCCCAGUCUAUUACCUCAGGUCAGGCGGAUGCAAAAACCGCCUCAACGAAACCAACGGAACCGAAGACGAAUUCUGCGCCGAAACCACGGUUAUGGGUUUAGAAGCAGACGCGGAUAUUCCGGUCCUGGGCUACGGGCUGUCCGUGAGGGGAGUGGACGGCCUUUGGUAUCUCCGCAGCGUCUUAAGCGGCCAGUCCCAACUAACAGUGCUCUCUUUCAUCAACCUGGACGACCCCGGCGUGCUGCAGUGGCUGGCUGCCAAGACGCGGGACGCCAUCUCAGACGAUCAAGAUGACGAGCAGGCAGAGGAGCUGACUGCCGCCAACGCGACUACCACGCCCAACACCAGUAGCACGCCAACGACUUCGACCCCGAAAUCUCUUCCUUCUACGCUUGGCAAUUCAUCGUCAUUAAAGCUGCAGUGCGGCCAGACCUCGCUGCCUCUGAAUCAACUCACCACCGCCGGCCAGAAGCUGUACGGCCACAUACCCUGGACCGUCGGCGUGUUCCGAGCAAGAGCCGAGGGCGGGCCCGGCGUGAUUGUCGGCGUGCUGGUGCGGGAGGACAUGGUGCUCACCGACGGCGCCUCCCUAUUGGUUCCGGGCGACGGGCUGAACCACACCGGGGACGUGCAGACGGUGGACGUGGGCCAAAUGUUCGUGGCGUGGGUCGGUCCUACGGGCAAGAGGAACUUCGUCUUGGUCGCCGCCCUGCACGUGUACGAGCGAGACCGCAGAUCAAGCCAAACCUCGGGUGUGGGCGUAGCUCUUCUGGUGCUGAAGACUCCCAUCACCAACAGCGUUGUACCCUGCCUCGACUGGGACGGCGACGCACCAGCACUCCCUGCAAUCGCUACGGGCGCCAUUGGCGUGGUGGAGACGUGGCGCGGUAGUUUCUUCACGGACCGCCGCGUCCUGGUGGCGCUGUCUGCGCUCGGCGCGGCGGACUGCCGCACCAGGCUGGCGGGCCGACUGCCAUCGAAGGACUCCAUCGCCGAAGACAUGUUUUGCACGGGGGACUCGAGUGAAACGAUCGAGACUGGCGCGCCCUUCCUGGUGCAGCGCGGCGGCUCCUGGUUCCUGCGAGGCAUCUACAGCUUCCCGAUCACCAGAGUCGCGAACCGAGCCCUCGUGUUCGUGGACUUGAACGACGCCAGUGUACGAAAAUGGCUGCGCGAGAAGAUACGCACGGCACACGCGAACUCCUCCGACACAACUGCGUCAAUUCAAGACGUGGUCCUGAACGCGUAUCGCGGGGACAACUUCAAUGGAUACACGCACUUGUGAAUUGAGUGAUCCGAGUUACUUUAUUUCACACUAAACUUUAUGUACAAUUUUGUACGAGACACCACAGUUUUUUGUGC